AUGGACUCGGUCACCAGGCUGAAAGCCUGGUCCUCGCGGUCCACCGGACAAAAACCCAGCUGUCGAAAGCCUCUCUCAGUGGCUUCCAGCUUUCGAAGCCAGGAGUUUGCACGCCUCACGAAGUUCCUGGUGCUUUUCGACCGCCCCACGCCGGAGCAGCGCCAGGCCCUGUGGCGCUCCGCGCUGCCCAGCCGGGUGCCUUUGGCGGAGGACGUGGAUUUCAAGGCCCUUGGAACGCUCGAGUUGGACGCCGAUGGGAUCGCCAGCGCGGCCUUCCGUGCCUGUGCUGCGGCCGUGUUGCGACCGGAGAGGGCCUUGGUACAGCUGGAGGACCUCACCGCGGCCGCCGCCCAAGAGCAGUGCGGACCCCAAGGCCAAGGGCGGAAUUGCUCCAAGGACGAGCCAGUGCUCUCACCAAAGAAGGACUACACGGAGAGUGAGAAGGUGACGUUGUCUCAAAUCUUCCUGCAGCAUGCGGUGGGCAACAGCUUGCCGGUGACUCCCUGGUACUCGGCGGCACGCUCCGUGGCGAAUGCCUUUCCCGAAAAGCUGGGCAGCUUAGACAACCAUGCCAUCCUCGGCCGCGUCUUCCAGAUGAUCGACGCGGAUCACGAUGGGAUGCUGGAUGAGACCGAGUUCGUGGAGGGCCUUUAUUCCUUGCUUUAUCCCAAGGACGCGGAGGCUCACACCUUGGCCCAGCGCAUCGCCAAGGGCAUCAUCGCAACACCAAGCAACGACUUCAAGAAUGUGAAGACUGUGGCCAUCCUUGGUGCCGGUGUCGCAGGUUUGCAGACCGCACGCCAUUUGAAGGAGAUUGGCCUCGAGUGCACGAUCUUCGAGAAAGAGGAAGACAUCGGAGGCGUUUGGCGGCAGAACUAUGCAGACUUCGGACUUCAAGUUCCAAAGGAAUUGUAUGAGUUCCCUGAUUUUCCUUAUCCAGAAGACUUCAGAUGUCAGGAUUUCCCCACAGGGGCUGAGACCCAGGCAUAUAUCCAACUCUAUGCCAAGACCUUCAAGUUGUACGAGCUGGUCCGUUUCAAGACCUUCAUCCGCGAGGUGCGGCCGGCUGGCUCCAACCAGCGUGGCUGGACCAUCUUGUGGAAGACGGCCGAGGGCGCGGACAAAUCGGAAGCAUUUGAUUUCCUGGUGAUGGCCACUGGCAUGUAUGGUUGGCCUCCACAUCUUCCGGUGGCCCGCAACUCUAGAGCGUUCAAAGGUCAGAUCUUGCAUUCUUGUACGUUUACAGAUCGGAAGAUGGCAGAAGGCAAGAAGGUCAUCGUCGUCGGAGGAGGCAAAUCGGCCAUCGACAAUGCAGUGGCUGCUGCAAAGGAAGGCAUCUCAAGCACACUGGUGUGCCGGCAGUUUCAUUGGCCCGUGCCGCGCUUGCUGCUGAAUGCAGUUCCAUUCAAGUACGGCACCUAUUCUCGCUUUGGCCAUUGGAUGCUGACCCCGCAUCAUGAAGAAGGGCCCGUGGCCAAGUGGUUCCACGGCACUUGUGCACCAGUGAAGUGGAUCUGGUGGCGCGUGGUGGAGCUCAUGUUCCGCGGGCAAUUCCAGUUGCCGUCCGAGAUGGUGCCACCCGACAGCAUCGACAUCGACCUCUUCAGCGGCGGCCAGAUCUUGAACUAUGAGUUCCGCGACAUGGUGCAGGAGGGGAAGAUCAAGGUGAUCCAGGGGGCCAUCGACUCCUUCACACCUGAGGGUGUGGUGUUGACCAAUGGCACUCAGCUGCACUCCGACCUGGUGAUCUAUGGCACCGGCUUUGCCAAGAACUACGAUAUCUUCGACAAGGUCCUGCAGGAGAAGCUGAACAUUCAGAAGGAUGGCUUGUUCCUCUACCGGAACAUGCUUCCCCCGCGCCUGCCGGAUUUGGCAUUUGUGGGCUGCGAGGUGAGUACCUCCAACAACAUCCUCACUCAUGGGCUCCAAGCCUUGUGGCUCUCGAAGGUCUUGAAGGGAGAGAUCCACUUGCCCGCGCCCGGAGCGAUGGACAAGGUCAUUGAGAAGGAACGUGCUUGGAAACGCUUGUGGAUGCCCCCGAUGUCCUCGCGGGCGUCCAUUUGGCAGUUGCACAUGAUGAAGUAUCAUGACAUGUUGGUGGGCGACAUGAACCUGUGGAAGUUCCGGAAGACGCUUGGAGUGCAGUUUUCAGAUGAUUCGCCUGGCUUUGCUUGUAGGAUUACUCGAGCCUCUUCAAGAAGUGAGCCAAUUUUGAAGCCUGAAUCCUGUGUCGACACGUGGACGGAGCCGUCCAGCACGGAGCCGUCCAGCACGGAGCCGUCCAGCUCCGGUGGUGGUGGGGCGAGUUUUGAAGGAUUUGUGGUCUCCAUUUGGUAUGUGUUCGAGGAGGAAUUCCUCCGCAAGCACCGGUACAAGGAGAUCUCCAGCUUUCACACCAUCUACAUGCUCACUGAAGAGCGUGCUGGACGUCGAUCCUGGAAGGGCUGUGAGAAGCUCUGUUGGCGCAUCCGCACGACGGAGCUGGAGCGGCUGUUCAUCCCCAUUCUCACCCUGGAUGGCAUCGAAGGUUCAUAUCCGGAGAUGUUUGACCAGCACCCGAAGAACAUGGGCCUUUGCUUUGCCAUGGCCUCCAAUGGCUACGACCUACUUCUCGUGGAGGCGCAGGAUCGCUUGGCCAGCAACGAUCUGGAAGGCAGCAUGUACUUUUCGGGCACGGGCGGCAUGCGCCCGGGGCACCUUCUGAAGUUGGAGCCCGUGGCGUCAUCGAGCGGCGAGGAGCGAGCGUCGCGACCUCGGACCCGGCCGGAUCCGACUCCAAUUCCAGUGGAGCAGGUGAGUGCUGAGGCAUCUCAGGAGCGCGAAGGCCUGCCGACGGUGGAGCCUCAAACCAGCGCGACCAGCGCCAGCAGCUAUGGGACCAGUCAUAUCACUGGAAGCCGCGGAACCAAUCCAGGCUACAUGCCAAGUGCCUUAAGUCCAAGUGGUUUGAGCUACGGCUUCCCCUCGGAAGAUGACCCCUUAGCCUGUGGCACGCGCUUGAGCGAGUUGAUGGAGCAAGAGAACUCGGAGCAAACCGAUGGUGGAAGCCCAAAGAGCAACUUGGGAACGCCCGGCAUCAAAAGUGUGACCUUUGACAAUUCAGCGGCGGUCUCGGACUACCACCGACCGAAGAUCUCGAAGACCCUGACAGAAGCACAUCGCAAUGUCCUAGAUUGCGACCUGGACCUCCUGCGAGGCAUCCCCUUGCGGCGCACCUUGCGGCAAGGGGGGCAUGUGUGGCGGAGCAAGCCGAGGGAGAUGAAAGCAUCAGAGCGAAUGAAGUUCUACAGCCAAUCCAAGCCCACCACCUCCAUCGACAUCUUCUUUUCUCACACUUGGCUCACCGAUGGGAAGUGGAAAGCUUUGAGCCUGCUGCUUGAGUCGAACCAGCUCACAGUGGUCGUUGCAUGGGCAGUGGCAGCACUGACCGCCUUCUUUUUGUGCCUCUUCGAGGUGCUUCCCAUGCCUUUCAUCUACGUGGCGGAGUUCACCGAUUCCCAUAAUGUGGAGACAGAGGUGGAAUGCCCCUUGGGCUUUUGGGUCAUGGCCUUAGGGAUGAUCGCAUCCAUUUGGUGUCCCUUGAUCAUGGCGCACCUGCCCGAGCUGCCGGAGAUUUGCUGCUCAGAGGCGUGCUUUGUGGACGUUUGCUGCAUCCACCAGGCCGACGAAAAGCUCAUGCAACGCGGCAUCUACGGCAUCGGCGGAAUCCUCUCCGUCUCACGAGAGCUGCGAGUGCUGUGGAGCGCACCCUACCUCUCCAGAUUGUGGUGCGUCUUCGAGUUGGCGGCCUUUCGAAAAGCCAGCCCUCAAGGAAAGAUCACCUUGUCUCCCCUGUUCAUCGAAGCGGCAGUGGCGUGUGUUUGGAUCCUCUUCUACGUCACCAGCACCAUCUCCCUCAUCAGUUUCACUUACUCUGGAGAGUCGGCAGAGUACGUGGGCAUCUUCCUGAAUACCAUCCCCGUGCUAGUGGCCGCACACAUUCUGCGGGUGAACUUCUUGUCGAAGCAUAAGCUAUUGUCGGAUUUGGAAACCUUUGAUUUGAGCACUACGGAGUGCUCCAGUGAUUCUGAUCGCGAAUUUAUCUCGAGAGCCAUUACCAAAUGGUAUGGCAGUAGUGCAGACUUCACCGCCUUCGUUCAAGACGAUUUGCGGCGGGAGUUGGUCACCCCCAUUUUGUCCAGCAGCAUGCCGUUGGUCUACUACCUUUUCAUCAUCACGCCCAAGUUAGCGGCGAACCUGGAAAUCUUGCUCGCCCUUCUCAGGGGAGGGGUGCCGGGCGAGAGCAUCGCGGCGCAUGCCAUGGGGGCCUUGCUGGGCUAUUGCUUGUGCUGGUGUCCUGCUUACUUGGCUCUUUUGGUGUACCUCAGCGACCGCUUCGCUGAGCCGCGCAUCGCGUCGAGAUGCGGGGACCUCCUUCAAUCGCUCCUUCUGGGCCUGUGCGUGGCGGCCGUGUCGGCGGCCGGGAGUUUCGCGUCCCGAGAAUGUUACGAGCGUGGCAUGUUUCCCUCUUUGGGCUGGGCCGGUUUUUCGCUGGUGGCCUUGGCCUUGGCACGUUCGCGUGGCGGACCCAUGGGGCCGAUCGGAGACUGUUUGAGUACCAUGGCAGCUGACCAGGUGAACAUUGAUAGAAGCGGCGCCGUGGCGCGCCGUGGCGUUGAGCUCCUGGUGGACUUGACAGAGUGGGUGAAGCGCUUCUCAGAGUACUUCAAGGGCGACGGGUCGCACACGCAGAUCCUGGACGCCAGCGGCUACCGCGAGAACUUCCUCUUUCGCUGCUGCACGCAACAGAGCUCCAAACUUCCAGUGAAAUCAGCCCGGGAUGCCCUCACGGUCUACUUCACGGUGGCCUUCGUCGCGUUGCCGCCCGAGCCCAUGCAACCCAGACUCUCCGAUGCCAGGGUGGGUUUCUUCACCACACCGGUCCUGGUGGGAGGGCCCACACGGGCCACGACGGUGCAAUAUGUCAUCUCCAAGUGGGACUUGGCCCGACGGAAGCAGCUGCUUUACGUCAUCGACAAGUCUGUACCCGAGAUGUUCCACGAGACCAUCAAGAAGGGGGUCUUGGUGUGGAAUGAGACCUUCCCAGACUGCAAUGGGGACGCCCCGUUACACUGUGUAGCUCCCGCGGACGAAGACUAUCCAGAUGAGUACGAAGCGGGCGAUGGGCGGCAUAUCGCCAUUUUCAUGACCAACCCUUCGACGAAGGGACUUCUGGGCUAUGGCCCGAGCGCCGUGGACUAUCGCAGUGGAGAGAUCCUCUUCGCCAGCGUGGUCUUGGGACUGAAGAGCCACGUGAAGAUUUGCUCCGACUACUCGGAGCGAUGCUGA